CCAGCGGGCAAACAGGUCGUGAGCGAGCACCAGUGUUGCGCGGUCGCUCGUCACGUUGGCAUGCCUGCCUGUUUCUCUCAUGCAUUCAUUCGAAUACUUGAUCUCAUCACAUCACGCAGCGGGAUGUCAGAAUCAAAGGUGCAGUGAGUGGAAAAAAAAUCAAUUAUGUUCCAAGCAGUGAAGUGGUGAACAAAUAUAAACUGUUAAACAAUGUGUUUGACGCAAAUAAGUGCUUCUGUUCCGUGACUUUCAUACUGUUCAGCGGAUUUUUACAACAACAAAAAUGACAGUAACUAGGACGAAGUUAUCUUCGUAGUGAUGUAUUUUUAAAUUUUCAUUAUAAUAAAACUCCAGGUUAUGUCGUCAGAACCUUUCUGAACUUCGUAAACAGUUACAAGAACUCUCUUGAUGGAAUUCUCAACAGCCAAUUUCUCCGAGAUAUCGUAGUGUGUUCUGAGGUGUUUAUGAUACAUGUGAUUCCGUGAUAUUCCAUCCGCACUGCCUCAAGUCUAAUCGAUUGGUCGAUUCAAAAGUACCGUUGAUGGAGGAAAUCUACGUGGUGAAGGUGCGGACCGAGCCGGACCCAGCGCGCCUGUAUCCAUCCGAGCGGCGCUAUUCCGCCCUCACCGUGGGCGGGCUCGGGGCCGUGCACUUGCUGCUUGCUGCAACGUCCCUGCUGCUUGGUGGCCUAGGUCUGGCACUGCAGUCCCACUCCUGCUGGACCGGACGCUACGGAGGCGGGCUCUGGCUGGGCCUAGCAGCCGGUGCGGCAGGGAUUGCCGGCAUCCUUGCCUGGAGACGGUGGUACGUGGAUAACAACAUCCGCUGGUUCUUCAUGUGCUCCACCGUGGCUGCUGCCACAUCCCUCCUCUGCUUCGUCAUCACUGCAGCAGCCCUAGCAACCGUAGAGGAGCAGAGAUCAAACCACGAGCUUUACAGAUCCAUCUACUAUGACCAAGGACUCGUUCACCGACAGAACAUCCCAGAACAAUCAAUAAAUAUCAAUGACAUCAAAGAAUUACCUUCCGAGGUUCUUCAUGGAUCUGAACAGAAUGACGGCAAUCAAGAGGCUCAGGGGCACGUGAAAGACACCAUGAAAGUGCCACAGAGUUUUUAUAAUUCAGCUGUAAUCAACAAAGGUGACCCUGGUCAAAAUAUUAAGGACAAUUCAGAGCAAGUGAUUAUUCUGGGGACUUCUGAGCAUUCGCACGAUGAUAUCCAACGUAAUGCAUCGCAUCAUACGUCAGAAAAUGUAAAGUCAAAAAACCAUCUGAUUCAAACUGGAACUGCAUCUAGAAACAUCAUUCAGAAUCUAGAGGAAGUCGCAAUUGGUAUCGUUAACACUACAGAAGCAUCUGAAUAUCAAUAUUCUGCAAUAUGGACGCCAACAGAGGAAAAUCUUGAAAUUGAAAAUGGACAAGUUCUUUCUGAAUAUCCUGACAGUGGGGAGAGACGUAACUGUGGACUGGCACUGAAUGACUCUACGACAAAAUGUGAAGGCUUACUAGGAACAAAUGUUAGAAAUGAAAGACGGAAUGAAUCGACAUAUACAAUGCAAAUUACUAACAUUAAGACAAACCAAACAAAUAAUGUAUUCAUCAAAUCAUCAAGUAAUCACGACCCAAAGCUAAGCCCUCCUUCCAUCUCUGGUGGCUGGUUUAACGGACCAAAGACAUCUGCAAUCCAUUAUCCGAAGGAAGAGCUACUAGACAAUGGUGAGGGACAUCAGAAAACAGCAGUCAUUGAAGACGAACAGAUGCACCCAAAGAUCUAUAAUCAUGAUGAGACACAAGAUAUGACGACAAUUCCUUCAAUAAAUUAUGAAUCACAGGACGAAGAUAAUGUCUCAGAAAUAAUCCAUAACCUUAAUAAUUCCAAUCAAGAACUCUCAAAAUUUCUGUCAUCAAAACUGAUGUUAGAACAAGAACCACCAACACCAGAAUAUGAGAAAUCGCCAAGUGCCAGAGAAGUUAGAACUGUAGUUGCAAUAAAUAUUCUAGUAGCAUCAGCUCUUGAAUUAGCGUGGUCCUUGUUGUCGGCCAGCAUUGCCUGGAAAGGGAUGAAGAACUGUUACCCACAUGAAAAUAUCUCUAAUACUUGUGAAAGAAACAUAGAGGGACUGGAAAGGUCACUGCCGCCACCACCACCACCGUCAAACGAUGCUUACACCUCUGACAAAGGACAUCAUAAAAUAGAUGGCAUCACCCGUAAACCCGACAUAAUUUCUAAUCACCAGCAUCGUCAUCCUGGGAACAGUGUUCAUUUCAGUGCGGUACAAAACAAGAAUGGCGUAAACAGGUUUCACGUGAUAAAUACCGAGUCUGAAAGGAUAAAUAUCGAACCUUACUUGCCAAUGGAGGAAAGUACAAUGGAAUAUCAAGAACGUGUACAUAGAUUCUUGGCAUCAAACAAUAUUGCAAAUAAUACCUGCGACAGUGCUAGUUAGUUAGUUAGUUAGUAAAUUUAACCAUUCUGGUGUAAGAGACAUUGUCAUCAGAGGAAAAUACUGUAAUUACUUAAAAUUACGAUUCAUUGCGUUGUAUCUUGUCACAACGGUGUUAUAUCUCAAUCAUGUUACCUCAGUGGAUGCUUUGCAAAAAAAGAAAUGUAUGCAAACACUGAAAUACUUUGUCUUUGAUGAUAAUUUGUAAUGCAAUUCUGCUUUCUUAUUGACAGUGCACAGGCAACUUGAGUUAUUAUCUAAAACAUUCUUUCUGACUUGAAUUUACAACCUUCAGCACACUCCAUCACCAAAUUGCAUGUUUCAAGGUCACAGAAGUACUUUGUGUUUUCGCAACAUUUUAUGAUUUUGCUGUGACCUUUCCGCAUAAUACUACUUAAGUUUCUUAAAUUUGAAUGACAUUGCUAUAAAGCGUACCUUAAUUUGA